CACCUAUCACCAAACACUCAUGAAAACCCAAAGAAACCAAAACCCUCUCAUCAAAGAGAGGUAAAAAUUACCAAAACACGCAUACAAAAUCUACUGACGUUAGACUCAAAAAAAGAAGAGUGCAAAAACAUGCAUGUGAUGAUGCAUAGCAUGGCCGCAUAAACAAGGGACAGGUGCUUGGCGUGAGGAUUUUGAUAACCCGCGAGCAGAAAUCCAAAGGAAAAGGAAAAGGGAAAGGGAAAGGAAAAGGGUUUUCAUUUUUCUUCCCAAUUCCCCUCUCCAUUCGGCGUGCCCUAGGAGAAAGAGUUGAAUAGCAGGCUCAGAUUGACAGCGAGGGGGUGAGGAGACAUUUGGGUUGCUGAAGGGCAGAAGUGCUCAUAUUCUGUCACCCAUUUAUCGGAACUGUUCACGAGUACUUAGAUAAGUUCAACUCUAGCCCUAAUGCAAGGGCAUAGGAGUUCUGUCAGUGCCUUACCUGAAAAUCUAAGCUUUGAUCAUGGCUCUACGUCAAGUGAUGCUGGCAUAGAUUCUCAAGCACCCUGGAACAGUAUGCAGACUUCUGCCCAAAAUCGGCUACCAGAAUACAGGAUAUCAUCAAGUGAGAACAAUGUCCAAUAUCUGCAACAUGUAAGGCCUGAGGGACGGAAUGCUGAGUGGAGUUUAGGUGAAACUAGUUCCAGUGCUGCACAGCAUCACGGUGACCAAAAUGAAAGGAAAACAGAACAUACAUGGACCUACUGCUCUCGAGCUUUGGAAGAACAGCAAUAUGAACCACCUAAUAAUCUUUCAUCGGAUAAUGUUGACGUAAAUUUAAAUGGCAACCAGACUAUAAAUGGAUCAUUUCUUCUUCAGCAUUCUAGCUCGAAUGCCCUUCCUCAGGAUCUCAAUAUGAGUUUUGAAGAUCAAGAGGAUGAUGAAUGUCAGGUAGUUGAGCGUCCCAGUGGGUACAUAUCUAUUGGAUCAUCUAAUGAGCAGAUGCGAUCAACUGGUAGUUCCUCUGAUUCUUUUAGCAUGUCUUCUGGAUGCGGUGGAUAUGUGAUGGAAGAUAGUGAGGACAGGCCAGGGUGUUCCUUGGAUGGUCGGCGCAUGUCAUGCAAGAGAAAAGCACUUGAAGUGCAUGGGGGACAGUCUUCUGGAGUGGGAGGUUCAAAUUGUUUCCAGAAUACUGAAAGAAGUCAAUGGCAUACUGUACCAGCUGCUCAGGUUGCUUCUGGCAGCAUUAGUAUGCCAAUGCCAACAGCAAAUGACCCUGUCAUUAAUAAUGUGUCUGUGCAGGAAAAUCCAAGGCUUAGGCUUGGUGUUGGAGGCGCUGCUUCUGCAAGUCCUUUCUCUUUGACUGCUUCAGGAAAUGCAGAAAGUUCUCGCAGAAAUUUCCGCUUGCGCAUUCAUGGAUUACACCAGGAAGAUCCUAUACCGGACAAUCCAUUUCCAACUGAGGCUCAUGUUGGAAAUGUAGAUGUUUCAUCUUCCCGUCAUUCUUCAAGAUUAGUUCUUCGUAAUCGUCCUUUUGAUUUGAAUCCAGCUCCCCCGGUGGAAAAUGGAAGCCUUCAUGGGCGAUCAGUGCAUGUUCCUUCUGUGCGUCGAAACCAUCAAUCUCGGUGGGGUGGAGCAUCAAGUUCAAGAACUAGCAGCUCAUCUGCUUCUGCUAUUCCCGACGAGAGGAAUUUUCCACUUUAUGAAGAACCUAGACCAAGAUAUAUUCCCAGAAGCAUUUCAGAACAUCCCAUGUUUCUUCCUGCUAGUGAGAUUGGAAGUUCAUCUCAAAAUCCUACAACUUGGAACUUGGCUAGUGGGAAUAACAGUGUUGCUGGAAAUGUCGCAUCUACUUCUCGGGCAGGCCCUAGUACAGGAGCCAAUUCUUCUUCACCUAGUUGGUCGCAUCGGAGUUGUCCACAAUAUCCUCGGAGACUAUCAGAAAUUGUUCGAAGAUCUCUGCUGUCCUCAGCAGCUACUGAGCCUGGAGGUCAGAGCAGUAAUCGUGCUGCACGAUCAAGUUCCUCUGCUAUCUCUCAGGAGAUUGCGCUUCCACCUGGACCAGAUAAUCAUGGUCACCGUGCUUCAAGCUCAAGGUCAGCAUUGUUGGAGAGACAUCUUGAUGGUGCUUUUGGAAUACCUUAUUCUUUUAGAACUUUGGCUGCUGGAGGUGAAGGAAGAAGCAGUAUAAUGUCUGAGCAGAUACGCCAUGUCCUGGAUCUCAUGCGAAGAGGAGAGGGCCUGAGAUUUGAGGAUGUGAUGAUCCUCGAUCACUCAGUCCUUUUUGGACUUGCUGAUAUUCAUGAUCGACAUCGGGAUAUGAGAUUGGAUGUUGAUAACAUGUCUUAUGAGGAGUUAUUGGCCCUGGAAGAGCGCAUUGGAAACGUCUGCACUGGAUUGAGCGAAGAAACCAUAGCGAGUCGUUUGAAGCAACAGAAAUAUGUAGGCAGCAAAGCAGAAGACGAGGCGGAGACAGAGCCUUGCAGUAUAUGUCGAGAGGAAUACAAUGAUGGAGAAGAUCUUGGAAUGCUAGAAUGUGGCCAUGAUUUUCACACCGACUGUAUCAAACAAUGGCUGACGCAGAAAAACCUGUGCCCGAUUUGUAAAACGACCGGUCUGACUACGUGAAACGUGGCCAGCCAAUUCAAACUGUCUUGACCUCCAGUUCUAUUGGGAGACGUGUUUCGCCAACUUAAAACAAUGAAGGCCACGGUUCCUCUCAACUUCAAGCGGGCUUGAUGGCAUUUCUAUGUCCUUUUUCCCCCUUUCUCCCCCUUCCUAAAUUAUCUUGCUCACAUGUUGAGUUUAAAAUGAUUCUUAAAGUGAAAAUAGAACCUUUUCCAGCUUUACGUUUAAGCCAUCAAUGGCACUAGAUUAUUGAAAAUUCAACCUUUUUUUGUUUUUAAUUUAAUUUCAAUUGUUGUCGAACAUUUGACAAUUUAUCUGUCCUAUGAUCUUUAAUUGUUUAUGUUGUCUUUGCUGCA